UUCUCUCCGGAAUUAUUUUGAUGGGAGACACGGCCAUGGACACGGAUUCCCAGCGCGUGUUGGAGUAUUUAACCAAAGUAGAGGAGGCUGCUGAAGAUGUGCUCACAACCAAACAACAGAUUGUGGACCUGGACUUAAAAAGAAACCGCAACAGAGAGGCACUAAAUGCAUUACGACAUGAUCUGUCCAGCAGUGACAAAGUAAAGGUUUGCUUUGGCAAUAUCUUUAUUAAAUUUCCAGUCAACAAAACCACAGAGAUGAUACAGCGAGAUCAGGAGCAGCUUGACAAAGAAAUCAGUGAUCUCCGCAAAGAACUCAAAGUAAAAGUCAACCAACUAAAUGAUAUUCAAGGAAAGCCUGAGCUGAGAGGCUACAGCCUUACAUCCCUUUCACCUGAUGAACUUAAAGCUAUUAACAACCUUUUGAAGAAAUGACCUCAACACUGAAUCUUGUAUUAUUUAAUUAUGGUAAAAUGUACCUUGCUAACUUGAAAAUUACCAGUAUAUGAGAUCACAAGGUGGAUGUAGACAGACGACUAAUGUGUGGAUUACUCAAAUGUGUGAAUGAAACGAAACACAUUCCCAGGUAUGUUUUUGAUGAGGUGACAUGAUUUAAUACUCACAGGAGUCCGUUUUAUGUAAUAUAGGAGCUUUAAAUUAUUCACAGUAUUUGUUCAGUUGUUUGUGAAUCACAAAAAACUUCACAGGCUUUGAUUUGCAUGCCCUUUACCCAGAUGGUAGCAAUUCUUUUUAUACCCAGAUUUCACUUGUUGGUUUGUUUCACUGUUGAUUCAGACAUACCAACUUCCUUUGUCAUGUCUUG